GGUGCCAUGUUCCGCUGCAGCGUGUGGUGCUGCGAGGACAGCGUGGCCACUAUGCAGCGGGUGCAGCGAUGCAUCGAGCAGUGCCACACACCCCUGGCCCAGGCCCAGACCAUCAUCACUGCUGAGCUGGAGCACUUCCAGAUGAGAGGAGAGGACCGCCUGAGCCGCUGCACGCUGCACUGCAACGACAAGGCAAAGGACGCGCUGGAGGCAAGGGCCAUGGAGGCACGGGUGUGUGGCCAGCUCAAUGGCUGG